AUGAUGCGAAACAAGACCUCCUCGUCCCUGCAAAAGACGUACGAUGAAUGCUAUCUGAUCUGCUCCACAGCCGUGUACUUUGAAGGCCAGGGUAACGAAGCGGAAGCGUUACGAUCAUGGCGAUCGGCACUGGACCAGAUAUACUAUCAUAAUGCCUACCGAGUACCUGCAGGGUAUAUUCCACGGUCGGAGACGGAGAAGGCACUCAAGGACAGUCUGCGAGAUAUGGAGAUGCAGUGUAAGGAGCGCGUGGAUCUUCUGGAAGCAUUGAAGCAGUCACGCCAGGAAGAGACUGCGGGUGAGGCUGGGCCAGAAGGAUCAAAUGGAAAGAUCCACAAGACCUCCUCAAGGACACCGAGACACAGCUCUGAAACAGAACAUGGCGAAAAGGGAUUCAUUGGAAAUGGCACAAUUCCAGCUGUGAACUAUCCAGAACUGUCGCGGCCAGGUCCACCACUACCACAACGACCUGCCAUGAUCACAAAGAACAGCUCAGAACGUGCUGUUGUUGGAAGCAAGCCUUCAUUUGCGGGGCCAUCCUCCUCAAAUCUUGCCUCAUCUUCGUCGUCGAGGACUAUCACUCCAACAUCUUCCGCUUCACUGGUCCCACCAAUGAAGAAAACGUCGAGAAGUCCAAGUCCGGACAAAGGCAGGACUAUGCUUCAUACGCUACGAUCAGGUGAUAGAACUGGGCGAAAGCCCACCCCUCGUGCUCCAAGAACAUCAUCUUCUAAGAAAGAUGUCGUUACAAACCAAGCCGCUUCCCUAGCUUGGCAAUCUUUGGGGAAGGGAGGUAAGGAGAGACUCGGGCGGAGCUUGGAUGCCGAGAACGACAGGAGCUCGACAGCUCUUCCAGAAUCUGGUCGCAAGGAUAGUUCUAGUGAGCCAAUACCAGGAAGGUCAAGCUCUUCGCAGAAUGUUCGGUACGAUAGUAGAACUCGUACGUUGGUCCCAGAUUCCCACUCCCACCCCCGAGGGCCGAGCCCUCCCGAUUUGUUGUCUGGGAAAGCCGAAUUGUAUGGCUCUUCUGGACGAUCAAGUAAUUAUCCUUUUCCUCCCACGGAUCCCGGUCAACCAGGUGCUGUUGCGGGCUCGAUGCUUACUCCUUCAGCAAUACAAGACUUGAUAGAUCUCGAUCCUCCCUCACCACCUAUCGCUGAAUCGAGCUUUACUAAAGCAAAGAAAACCCCUCCUCCACCACCACCUCACUCUAGAAAUGCAGCAAAACUUGAGCCCCUUUCAUAUCCAACAUAUCUUAAGGAAUAUCCCGAAACUAGUGCCAGGAAGAGCAAGGCUGAGACAGAAAUGCCAUUACGAAGAAAGCCAGCAGUCAGGGACCAAGGUGAUUCUGAAGGAUCUAAAACCAAAUUGUCCCGGAAGCCAGUUGCCGCAAAUAUAUCUUCGCCUCGGCAUAGGGAUCGAUUCCAGGAGAAGGAUGCUGGAAGAAAAGCACAAAGAGUCAAGAAGCCGAGAGACGAUGACACAUCAUCCCAAAGUAUCGAUGAAGAUACGGGGAGCAGUGGUCCAACAGCAAAACCGAAAAGGAAACAGAAGCAGAAGCAAAAGGAGAGUGAAAUACUUGCGGAUCCAACAACGCCAACUUCUGAUGACUCUGAAACACAGGCCGACUUGGUAAAGAGCGCAUGGGAGAUCAAGGUUCAGCAGCUUAUGAAAAAUUUGCCGAAGGGUGUCGAUGAGGGAGCUGCGAAGCAAAUUUUCAACGAAAUCGUGGUUCAGGGUGACGAAGUUCACUGGGAUGAUGUUGCUGGUCUCGACAUAGCCAAGAAAGCAUUGAAAGAAGCGGUUGUAUAUCCAUUCUUGCGUCCAGAUCUAUUCAUGGGGCUUCGCGAGCCAGCCCGAGGUAUGCUCCUCUUUGGACCUCCUGGGACUGGCAAGACGAUGUUGGCGAGAGCUGUGGCAACAGAAUCGAGAUCGACAUUUUUCUCAAUAUCAGCAAGCAGUUUGACAAGCAAAUACCUUGGCGAGUCUGAGAAGCUUGUCCGAGCCCUGUUCUCACUUGCCAAAGCAUUGGCACCCAGCAUCAUUUUCGUCGACGAAAUCGAUUCCCUGCUUUCAUCCCGCUCUGGGUCAGGAGAGCAUGAGGCAACCAGGCGAAUCAAAACAGAAUUUCUAAUUCAAUGGAGCGAUCUUCAGCGAGCCGCAGCCGGAAGAGAGCAGAGUGAGAAAGAGAAGGAGCGGGGAGACGCAAGCCGGGUUCUUGUACUUGCUGCCACUAAUCUUCCUUGGGCUAUUGAUGAAGCAGCUAGACGAAGAUUUGUCAGGCGGCAAUACAUUCCAUUACCAGAGGACGAAACCAGGGCUACCCAGUUGAGAACCUUGCUGGGACAUCAGAAACAUAGUUUGGACGAAGACGACAUCCAAAGGCUAGUGGAGCUGACUGACGGAUUUUCUGGUUCAGAUAUCACAGCGCUAGCCAAAGAUGCUGCCAUGGGUCCUCUGCGCUCCCUUGGUGAAGCACUACUCCACAUGUCAAUGGACCAGAUCAGACCGAUACAAUUCGUAGACUUUGAAGCAAGUCUCGUGAACAUCCGACCCAGUGUCAGCAAACAGGGCUUGAAAGAAUUCGAGGAUUGGGCUAAGGAGUUUGGGGAGCGAGGUGGAUAG